UCCAGUCAGACCUUUGAGUUCCUCCACAACAUGGAUACCUCCUCGGUCCCUCUUCUCGACUACAGCCUGCAGUACCAGUGGUGUUCCGACUCGGACUUCUCCAGCAUCUCCUCUCCGGAGACCCUCUCCCCCGUCCACUCCAUGGACUCCAGCCUCUCUCCUUCCUACCAGCAGCCUCCACAGUCCACUCCAAAGGCAGCUAAGACCGGAUAUUCCCAAAGCUUCAAAACUUCACCCUGCUCCCUGUCUGGACGAGGCCGCAAGCCGGGCCGAGCCCCCCGGAUCAGAAGCAAGCAGAGGGAGAGCGCCAGCGAGAAGGAGAAGCUGAGGAUGAGGGACCUGACCAAGGCUCUGCAUCACCUCAGGUCCUACCUCCCACCCUCUGUGGCCCCCGCCGGACAGACUCUGACCAAGAUAGAGACCCUCCGCCUCACCAUCCGCUACAUCUCCUACCUGUCGGCCCAGCUGGGCCUCAGCGAGGAGGUUCUGUUUCAGAGAAGGGAACAAGGAGACACGUCAGCCAGCGACGCCUCCUCACCUGACAUCCUCAGCUACUUCCAGAACGCUUCCACAGGGGGACAGGAGAGCCAGAUGCAGAGCCAGAACCUGAACCAGAGCCUGUACCCGGCCCAGUGUUACAGCCAGAGCACCAUGCUGCAUUCUGGGAGCUGUAGUUUUGGAGUGGAUCAGAACAGCAGACAGUACAGUGAAGCUCCUCAGAGAGACAUGAGCAUGGACGCCAUCCUGCAGUCGCCUCCAGCGUCACAGCCUUCCUGUCAGCAGAUGUGCGGCAAAGACUUCUGCGUCCCUCUGGCUCUGAGAGAGUAUUGGGGUUAGAGGCUCCGACGCUGCACCAUCAUCAUCCAACAACAGACACAAACUACUUCACUGUUUCUUCUGCCUCACUGUGAAUCGAGUAAUUUAUUUGAAAUAUAUAUCUUAAUCUACCUUUUAUUUAUUUUUGUCCUAUGAAAUGUUCCGUGUAAAUAUCGACAUGUCUAACAGCUAUUUUUCUAUUUCUUUAUGCCACUAUUUAUAAUAAACUGUUAAAAUGUGU